UAAUAUAAAUACCUACGCUAACCGUGCACAUCCAUCGAUUUCCCUUCCGUUAACUGCAUUACCAACUUACCAAGCACCAAUACUUGUGGGCGACAGCUGAGAUGCGCCUCGAUGCAGCCUUCGGAUUGGUCACAGAACUACGUCUUGGCCUUGUCGGCGGCCUCUGGCCCACCAUCCUAGCAAUAUGGCAUGCUCCCUCGCUACUCUUCCAACCUCUUGAAAUCUCCCGCAUUUUCAUGGCCCAGGUAUGGGACAUCUAUGGUAACAGCGUCGACGAAGCUGGAAGGGACGUCAAAAAUGGGCUCAUCACCCCGCACGCUUAUGGCAUUGUGCUAGACCUCGGUGCUGGUCACGGCCACACCGUCAACUACCUCGACCAUUCACGUGUUACGAAAUACGUCGCUGUGGAGCCUAACGUGCAUAUGCAUGCGGAGCUUCGCCGUACAGCAUCUGCUGCUGGGUACAGCGAAGAUGCUGGAACGCUCCUCAUCCUCCCCUGCGGUGCCGAAGACCUCUCUACUAUCCUUUCCCAUCUUCCUGCACCACACCCGCCUGUAGACACCCUCAUCUCUGUCCUCACUAUAUGUUCCAUCCCCUCGCCACAAUCCACUAUAUCCGCAUUAGUCACGGAGGUGCUGAAACCUGGGGGACAGAUACUGUUCUAUGAACAUGUACUUAGCGAGAGGCAAGAUGUUGUGUGGUGGCAGCGAUUUUGGACGCCGUUAUGGGGUAUCGUAUUUAAUGGGUGUCAGCUGGAUCGCCCGUCUCAUCGGUGGAUUGAGGAUGUGGGGGGAUGGGUGCAAGGAGAAGGAGGCGUUUGGGGGAAGGAAGGGGAGACUGAAGAACAUCUGUUUUGGCAUCGAGUGGGGAGAUUUGUCAAGGCGUGAGUAGAUGGGUGUCAGCUAUCUCCAUAGGCCUGGUCCUUCACAAUCAGUUCUUUAGCUCUAGUUGGCACCUACCAACAACUUUUGUCACUAACUGGUUUGGUCCAACUAGAGUUACUAGGUUAUGGUUCGGUUAUUCACAGUAUUCACUCGCUAUGCGGAUCUCGACUGUUUUGAUGAACCAAGCAACUGAAUGCCACGUAUGUGCUCCAACGUCCAACGUUCAGGUAUUUCCAAUACACCUUGCAUGAUUUCAUUGACUAGAAUACCGACUUGACAUGUGGGGUAAAAUUGUUGUCCCCAUUACGAAUGUGAGAGCAAAGCAUACUAGCUAGGGGGCUGGCGGUUGCAAUAUUUGAGGUCUUAACU